UGUGAGUGCGUGUGUGUGUGUGCGCGCUGCGAUGCAUUUAACAUCAAUCACAUCCAGUGCGCGGGGCGCACACACUCUGCCGUCUAUCAGCUGGGAAGUGCUCACGCCUCGGGUGCGGGAUGUGCGCCGCUCCGCUCUAUUAUCCCGUUCAAAUCUGAUCCUCUCAUCGCGGGGAGCCGUGUAAAUGUGCGAGCGAGUGGCCCUGCAGGACGCGGACAUCUAUCCCUCCACCACCAUCACCACCCCCCCACCACCAUCACCACAGUCUGCACAGACAGGAGCCCCUAAAGUUGGGGACUUGAGACUUUUCUUCUUUUCUUCCAGCAGCACUUUUUCUCGCGUUCGGCGUUCGGAAUGGUCUCGUUGGAUCGACGCAGCCUCGAAACGCGUGUGGAUUCCCUUUGGAUACUAUAACAGUGUUUAGAUGGUUUUUUUUUGUGUUUUUGUUUGUUUUUUGGUGGAGGGGGGAAACCCUUCCGUUCGGAGCUUGACGGACUCAACGAGACGCGGUUUUGCUUUGGAUAUGGGUCACUUCUUAUGAGAGGAUCCUUCGCGGGCAGGAGAGAGGGGAAUACACUCUGAAGCCUGUGGACCUAAGCAGGCCUGAGGGCUCUGACAUAUACCAAAUCCCUGCCCAGGGGAACAGGGGAGAUUAAAAACUUCUGAUUGAGGUGGAGAGGAAAGAAACGCAGAGGGAGAGGAAGAGAGGAGGGGAGAGGCCGAGAGAGAAAGCUUAUCAUUUCACCUUUGUUCUUCCUAAUGCCCCAAGUGAAGGAUCUCCAUAGGCAAGUCUGUGAAUAACGGUCGACACAAGAGCUGCUGCCCACCACGGUGGUCAGGUGAUGGAGUGAGGCAGUGAAAGAGGAGAAGAGAGCGGGAUUACAUCCUGUGAAAGAGCCAAACUCCUAUUCUACAUUAAUUGAAUGCCUGGGAGAGAGAAGAGACAUGAGAGGAAGCCUUUUCUGUGCCAGCUGCUUCAAGAGGUAUUGCAAUUAACCCUCUGGCCAUCAUAAGAUAAUACCUGGCUUCUGUUGUUUUCUGAUCGCUGGGUUUGGUUGUACAGUGUGGAUCUGUGCUCGUGCCGUGGUCAUGUUUCAGCCCCCGGUGUGUAGACCGGAUCGGACCGGCUCUCAACGAAACAGCCUGAUUGUGCCGCUGCUGCUGCUGCUGCUUCUAAACGGCUCCCUCAAGGCUGCUCAGGCUGCCAAACCAAAAGGGCCGGGCCACACACAUUUGAACUCCAUCCGCAUUGAUGGGGAUAUCUCCUUAGGUGGGCUCUUCCCAGUACACGCCAGAGGCCACGAUGGCAAGCCAUGUGGAGAGCUGAAGAAGGAGAAGGGUAUACACAGACUGGAGGCCAUGCUCUUUGCCCUUGACCGUAUCAAUAAUGACAAUAAUCUGCUGCCUAACAUCACACUGGGGGCACGUGUGCUGGACACCUGUUCCAGGGACACUCACGCCUUGGAGCAGUCGCUCACCUUCGUGCAGGCUCUGAUAGAGAAGGACGGGACAGAUGUCAAAUGUCUUGGUGGGGGAUCACCAAUCAUCACUAAACCUGAGAGGGUGGUGGGCGUCAUUGGAGCUUCUUCCAGCUCCGUCUCAAUUAUGGUGGCCAACAUUCUACGCCUGUUCAAGAUCCCCCAAGUGAGCUACGCCUCCACAGCUCCAGAGCUCAGUGACAACACCCGCUACGACUUCUUCUCACGCGUGGUACCGCCAGACACCUACCAGGCCCAGGCCAUGGUGGACAUUGUAAAGGCCAUGCGCUGGAACUACGUCUCCACAGUGGCCUCCGAGGGCAACUAUGGAGAGAGCGGCGUCGAUGCUUUCAUCCAGAAGUCUCGGGAGGAUGGAGGUGUGUGCAUCUCCCAGUCUGUGAAGAUUCCCCGGGAGCCAAAACAAUUAGAGUUUGACAAGGUCAUCAGACGUCUCAGAGAAAACCCAAACGCAAGAGUUGUCAUAAUGUUUGCCAAUGAAGACGAUAUCAGGCGGCUACUCCAUGCAGCUAAAAAGGCCAACCAGACAGGUCAUUUCAUCUGGGUCGGCUCAGACAGCUGGGGCUCAAAGAUCUCUCCGGUUGUGCACCAGGAGGAGAUGGCAGAGGGAGCAGUCACCAUCCUGCCCAAGCGGCAGUCCAUCAAAGGGUUUGAUCGUUACUUCAUCAGCCGAACUCUGGAAAACAACAGAAGGAAUAUCUGGUUUGCAGAGUUCUGGGAGAACAACUUCAACUGCAAACUCAGCCGUCACGCCGUGAAGAAAGGGUCCGGCCUCAAAAAGUGCACAAAUCAGGAGCGGAUAGGAAAGGACUCCAACUAUGAGCAGGAAGGAAAGGUACAGUUUGUGAUUGAUGCAGUCUAUGCGAUGGCUCAUGCCCUUCACAACAUGCACCAGGAGCUCUGCCCAGGGAAGGUGGGCCUCUGUGCUAGAAUGGAUCCCAUCAACGGCACUCAUCUACUGAAGCACAUCCGCCGUCUUAACUUUGCAGGCAUAGCUGGCAACCCCGUGCUCUUCAAUGAAAACGGAGAUGCCCCUGGACGCUACGAGAUUUACCAAUACCAAAUCAGAAACCGAACGGCCGAGUACAAAAUAAUCGGCCACUGGACGGAUCAACUCCAUCUCAAUGUUCGUUCGAUGCAGUGGCCCGGUGGUGUCCGUCAGAUCCCUUCCUCAAUCUGCAGUCAUCCCUGUCAGCCUGGCGAGCGCAAGAAGAUCGUGAAGGGCAUCCCAUGCUGUUGGCACUGUGAGCGUUGUGAUGGCUAUCAGUACCAGGCAGACACCUACACGUGUAAGAUGUGUCGCUUUGACUUGCGUCCCAACGAGAAUCACACGGGCUGCGUUCCAAUCCCCAUUGUUAAACUGGAGUGGAGCUCUCCGUGGGCAGUCAUCCCUGUGCUGAUUGCGGUCGUUGGCAUCAUGGCCACCGUGUUCGUGGUGGUCACUUUCAUCCGCUACAACGACACUCCCAUUGUAAAAGCGUCGGGCCGAGAGCUGAGCUAUGUGCUGCUAACUGGCAUCUUCCUCUGUUAUGCCACAACAUUCCUGAUGAUUUCGACCCCUGAUGUAGGAAUCUGUUCCCUCCGGAGGAUCUUCUUGGGUCUGGGCAUGAGCAUCAGCUAUGCCGCCCUGCUCACCAAAACCAACCGCAUUUAUCGCAUCUUUGAGCAGGGCAGCAUGUCUGUCAGUGCUCCCAGGUUCAUCUCUCCUGCCUCCCAGCUCGCCAUCACCUUCACCCUGGCCUCAGUGCAGCUGCUCGGAGUGUGCAUCUGGUUCGGAGUGGAUCCCUCCAAGGCCAUUAUUGACUAUGAGGACCAGAGGACGUCUAACCCGACCAUGGCCCGCGGUGUGCUCAAGUGUGACAUCUCUGACCUGUCUCUGAUCUGCCUGCUGGGCUACAGCAUGCUGCUCAUGGUCACCUGUACAGUCUACGCCAUUAAAACCAGAGGGGUGCCGGAGACCUUCAAUGAGGCCAAACCCAUUGGUUUUACAAUGUACACCACCUGCAUUAUUUGGCUGGCAUUCAUCCCAAUCUUCUUUGGUACCUCACAGUCCACAGAAAAGAUGUACAUCCAAACAACCACUCUGACCAUCUCCGUGAGCCUGAGCGCUUCAGUGUCCCUCGGGUUGCUCUACAUGCCGAAGGUCUACGUGGUUCUCUUCCACCCCGAGCAGAAUGUGCCCAAGCGCACACGCAGCCUCAAGGCCGUGGUUACUGCAGCCACCAUGUCCAACAAGUUCAACCCCAAGGCCGGACUCAGACCCAACGGAGAAGCUAAAACAGAGCUGUGCGAAAGCCUCGAAACACAAUCUUUCUCAACAAAGCAGACCUACAUCAGCUACAGCAACCACGCAAUCUAAGGGGACAAAGGAUCUUAUCAUAAUUCAGGAUUUUCCCCCCCUGAUGGAGGGAAAACACAAAGUGGAAUUUCACAUACACACACACAAAAAAAUGGAUGUGUUAUUGUUGGCGUGGAGAUCACAGAAGCGUUGCCCAAAGACAUGACACGGUCGAAGGGGAGACCACAGGGACGGACAAAACAAAGGGGACCAGAGCAGAUAACAGUGCAAUUGUAAAGUUCCAUCUUCUGUCUGCCUCACAAGAAUACACAUAGAAAAAAAAAAGAAGAAGAAGAAAAAUACUUGCAUGGCAGAGGCCUGAGGAUCGAAGGAUGGAGCUUUCCUUUUGAGUGUUUACAUUUCAGCUAUGCCCUCUUUCAAAAGACUUCUCUGUCAUCUCGAGCAGCGCGGACUGAAACUGAACUGAAAGUCAAGAAUCCGUUCAGGUGUUCUCAAUGUCGUCUGCCAGUUUUUUUUUUCUCAAAAACUAUAAUUAAUCUUCAAACCUCAGAGGCAUCACGAGGGAUUAAUCAACACCAAAAAGGCAUGAAAACAUGGUCCAUGGAUUUCUAAGAGGAGCUCGUGUUUGUUUUUAUCCCGGCCUCAUGAGUCAAAGGACUUGGUGAUCAUCUCAACAAUGCAACAAAUCUGAACCAGACAUGGGAUUUUCUUUUUCUUUUCUUUUCUUCUUUUCUUUUUUUUUUUUUAAAUAAAACCCUCUUGCAGCUUUCCACUCAGUUAAAAAGAAUGACUACACGUAUAAGAUGGUCUCUGCCAAUUUUGAGCAUGCCAGUUUCAACAUCCUGUGUUGUGUUGUUAAAAAAAAAAAAAAAAAAAAAA